AUGAGAGCAACCCAACUAUUAUUGAGUGCAGCAAAGAAGAAGUCUGGUAUUUCUAUCCCAGUGGAGUUGACGCCAUUGUUCUUGGCCGUAAGUGUGGCUGUGUGUUCAGGCUGCUGGUUUUCUUUCAAACAUUUUGCCUACGAUAAAUCUUUGAGAUUGGCUCAGAACCCACAGCUAUCCGCUUUGGAUGAAGUUUUAAAGAAGGACGAGGAAUAA